AAGGACACGUCAUUUAUUAGGUAGGUAGUAAAUAGGUAGGUACAUACAUCGAUAUAAUACCAAACAGGAAUAACAAAUACCACGCGAACAAAGACGCGGGCAUUAAUAUAGCAAUAAAUUUCCUCAAUACCAAUAACAGUUCGCGUAAAAAGCACUUUGUAAAUAAUUAACGCUACUGUUUCUGUUUAAUUCAUAUCGUCCGUGAAAUAAAAGUCGCGAACUAAUGAUAGUCCAAUCCCAAACACAUGCUGUAAUCUCACAGGAGAACUUCGCUGAUAAAGGAAACUCAGUUGACGAGCGGUAAUGGUUGGCGGUGGUCGCAACGCACCAUGACCGCCAGCGGCUUUCCAGUAGAGUUCGCCGGCGCGAAUUACGACUUACGACAGUUCGUACGGGACCAUCCCGGUGGCGUGAACACCUUAAAGUAUUAUAAGGGCAAAAGCAUUUUGAAGGCGAUGGAAAAGUUCGGUCACAGCAGCAGUGCGUAUCACAUGUUGAACGAUUUUAAACUCAAUAGUGGAGAGUUGUUAGAUGUAAAUUUGACAGGCAGUGUGAGCCUUAAUGGACGGAUUAUAACGAAUGCGGAGGCCGGCCGGAAUGUGGAAGAGAUAAUGUUUCUUGAAGAGCUCGAGGCACGACUGGACUGGUCCAAACCUCUGCUCCGACAGUUGGACGCUAUUGCGCCUCAUUACCACCUGUGGGUGAACAGCGCGGUGUACAGGAAGUGUCGACUAUUCGAGAGUCCAGUCCUCGAGAGUAUGACUUACACGGCCUGGUACCUGGUGCCAGCGUGUUGGGUACCUAUUAUACUCUAUUUGGGGAUCUCGGAACUUUGCAAGCACGUGUUCUGCGGAGUUUCAUGUACACAGGAUUCCCUGGUACUGUAUCAAUACGUAUAUCACAUAUUCGUGGGACUGGUGAUAUGGACUGUACUGGAGUACUCAUUGCAUAGAUGGGUGUUCCACCUGAACCCUGGCUCCUCCAUCACUAUGAUCAAGAUACACUUCCUCAUACAUGGAAUGCACCAUAAGGUACCAUUUGAUGGAUUAAGACAAGUGUUCCCGCCAGUGCCUGCUUUCCUCUUGGCAUAUCUUUUUUAUAUACCGCUGCAAAUGUUCCUGUCCUAUCCACUCAUAAAGUUCACAGGAGGACUUAUAGGCUACUUGACCUACGACAUGAUACAUUAUUACGUGCACCACGGCUCACCCAAAGAUGGCACGUAUCUAUACGCGAUGAAGAGGUAUCACUCCAACCACCAUUUCGUCAAUCACGAUAAAGGAUUUGGAAUCAGCAGCAAGAUAUGGGACUACGUUUUCAAGACGUUUGUAAACGUUAGGAAAUUAGGGUUCAGUUUGCAUUGGUAAAACGAUUAUACACAGUGGGACCCAUCAAACUCGUAUUUUCUCAUUGCGAUGUAAAAUUUAUAUGAAAUAAUAUAAAACAAUAUUUUUGAUACUUUAGAACAACUAAUAAUAGCCAAUUAAACAUUCUAUUAAUAUUAUAAUUAGAAAAUUUUAUAACGAUGGUCGGAUGUAUGUUUGUUGCUCUUUCACGCAAAAACUACUGAACGCAUUUGUAUGAAAUUUGGUAAUCGGGUAGGUUAUAUUCUUAAUACGAGCUGAACGAAGCCGCAGUGUAUAGAUAUUCAAAAAUAAGUUGUAAUUACUUUCAGAAGAUUUCUAUUUUGAAAAUCAAUAAAAAGCUGUAACAGUAA